AUGCCGGAAUCGACGCCAGCAAUGUGCUCGAAACCACCGGUUCUUGGCCACUGCAAACCAUUAAAGAACACGUGGAGUUAUUGUUCACUUCGAAACAUCUGUGUCCAGUUCAAGGACAACGAGUGCGGUGUUGGAGACAACCAGUUCAUAUCGAGACAAAAGUGUGAAGAAGCCUGUGUGGAACCUUUAGGCCCAAAGAACCCAAUGUGCUUCAGAAUUACUACCACUGGUAGCUGUAAAAUAAAGGAUUUGGCAUGGUAUUAUGACACUUCUGAUGGAUUCUGCAAAAUGUUCAAUCACGGUGAUUGCGGCAGAGGUGGGAAUCACUUCACAACGGAGCAGAAGUGCCUGGAGGUUUGUCAGCCACGAGACCAGAAGAAACUUGUGUGCAGCUUGCCACAAAGUCCAGGAAUAUGCUGGUUCAAGUUGUAUCGUUUUUACUUCGUAGCUUCGAAGAAUACCUGUCUUCUAAUAAAGGGGAAAAGUUGCGGCAAGAACGAUAACGCCUUCCUUUCCCACGGAGACUGCAUGAAGAGGUGUAGCCAUCCCAAUACGCCGAGACCCUGUUACAGUUCUCAUUAUAAGAACAAACAGUUACACAGGGAUGUCCUGACUAAGGUGGCCAACACGAGCGCAAGCGACAUGGGUAGCCUGCUGGCCUCAAUUUACCUCAGCAUCGGCAAGCCGUACAUGAUCACGGCCAACAUCGGCGUGCAGGUGUGCUCGAAGCUCUGA